GAAUCGAUCAGCAAAUGUCACCGUCUUCCCCUGAAGCCUAUCACCUAUACAACACAUAUUCUUACUGAGAGGUACAUCCCCCGCAAUGGCAGACCAGGAGGAAGAGCUGCAACUCUUCAGCCAGUGCAAAGUCUGUAUAAUAUGCUCCAAAGAUCUUAGUGCCGAUACGGCACAUCAGCUUGCAUCCACCCUCGAAGAACAUGGCGGCGAAACUGUCAUCUACGAACCGCCAGCCACCUUCCCACCCCUCUCCGAAUUCACCCACCUUCUGUCCUGCACGGUCGACUUUCCGGCGUUUGAUGCAGCUAGCGAUGCCCUGAUACCGGUUGUUAAGCCCCACUGGCUACAUGCGUGCCUAUCAAAGAGAAAACUAGCCAACCCGCGACAAUAUAGUCCGGAUCCGAGGCUGUUCCUCAACGACGUGGUGAUUACCUGCGGUGAUAUACCGGGAGGCGACAAGGAGGCUAUAAUCGGAGGUGUGCUGGCGAAAGGAGGAAUUUACAGCCCCAAGGUCUCUCAGCAGGUCACUCAUUUGGUUGAUCUGACCGCAGACUCUGAUAAGGCUCGACUGGUCGUUGCGAAGAAGUUGAAUGUCAAGAUAGUUCUUCCGCAUUGGUUUGAUGAUUGCUUAAAGCUUGGACGAAGGAUCGAUGAGCGUCCGUAUACCCUCCCAGACCCGGAAAUCCUACGUGCAGCACCGGAUGCCCCCAUACGCUCCUCAGAAAAUCGUGACAUCAUCGGCGCAUCCACGACAAAUCCAGCUACCCUACCUUCGUCAGUCAAAUCGCCCGAGUCCCAGCCCAGCCUUACCGUAUUCCAAGACAAGCAUGUCAUGCUCUCCUCAGACCUGGGCAUUGGGCCCCGUCUACUCGGAUCUAUCGAAGAAAUCAUCAACAAUGGUGGAGGCUCUGUCACGACAGAUAUCUCGAAAGCGGAUAUCUUGAUAUGUCGCUAUAGAGAGGGGUUCGCAUACCGCACGGCAUCAAGGCUGAAUAAGGACGUCGGAAACCUAUCAUGGCUCUACCAUUUGAUGACUUACAACACAUGGACAUCCCCUCUACGGCGGUUACUACACUACCCCGUCUCGCGCUCUGGAAUUCCGGGCUUCAAGGGAUUUAAGGUCAGUCUGUCCAACUAUGUUGGAGAAGCCAGAGCCUACCUGGAGAACUUGAUCACGGCAACGGGCGCAGAGUGCACAAAGACGCUAAAGCAAGAAAACACCCACCUCGUGACUGCCCAUGGAAACAGCGAGAAAUGCGCCGCUGCAAAGGAAUGGGGGUUGCACGUCGUCAACCACCUGUGGCUGGAAGAGAGCUACGCAAAAUGGAAAUUGCAACCCGUUUCUGACCCUCGCUACACCCACUUCCCCAAAAGGACGAAUCUAGGCGAAGUCGUCGGACAGACCCGGCUGGACAGGUCGAUCCUUGAAAGCCUGUUCUUCCCGUCUGAGGUGCAAGCCCGAGCCGCGACAAGCCCUCGUCGAGCGAUGCAGACCAAGGAACAGAACACCGUAGCUGCCAAGCCAUCGGAUACUAUGCAACCACCAUCGGCAAAGGUGACAGAAUCUGAGAGCGAAGUACCACCGGCACAGAGUGCCACACCACGGCCAGUUGGCAAAUCGCGAAAGGCUGCGGAUCAGAAACUACAGACGCCGCGCGCCCGGCUGGCAUCUGAGGGCAAGGAAAAUGACACACCAUCUACAACAAGCAGUCGCAAGUCGAAGGAGGCCGCAACUGCUCGACUGCAUGAGAUUGCGCCGGAUAUUGCCCUGUACGAGAAAGAAAAGAAGCGUGUGGGUGGUGUGAUUUAUGGUGGUCGACGGAAGACCGAUGAGGAUCGAGUCAUACUCAAUAACAGCAAGAAGCGACGAUCAAUGGAAGCGGAGGAAGAGAGCGACGAAGGGGACAUGACGGAAUCAAAGAGGCAGAAGAAGUCGAAGCCUCCUGUGGCAAUGCACCUGUUGAUUACGGGGUACCAGAAAUGGGUUGGAAACGCAAAAAAGGAAGACGCAGAUAAGCGCCAACUUCGUGAACUUGGUAUCCUGGUUGUCCAAGAUGCCCGGAGAUGUUCCCAUCUUGCUGCCCCGUCCAUCCUGCGGACCCCAAAAUUCGUCAAUGCGCUUGCAUAUGGCCCCGUGAUAAUGAACAUCGAGUUUAUUACGCAGUGCCUCAAGCAGGACGAACUUUUGGACCCUGCCGAUUUCCCUCUGAAGGACAUGGCCUCUGAGAAGAAAUACGGAUUCUCUCUUGAAGCAGCAAAGGCAAAUGCCAAGCAGAACAAAAACAAGCUCCUGCGAGGGUAUCACAUCCAAUGUGUGGAAACCAUCCGUGGCGGGUUCGAUGCGUUCAAGUCCAUUGUGGAUGCUAAUGGAGGAGAAUGCACCCUAUUCCGCGGUCGCGUCUCAUACCGGUCACAGCGGGAGGAGAGCGAGGAGAGCUCGGGAGACGACGAUCCGGGCCGGAAGGAGAUAUAUCUAUUGAGCAGCACCGCUGCGGACCACGUCAAGCUGUGGCCGCGGUUCCGCCAGAUGGUUCUCAGCGCGGGCAAAACGCCACGGAUUGUCCGCGUGGACUGGCUCCUUGAUAUUGCCAUGUCCCAAACGCUGCACACGGCAGAUGCAUAUGAGCUGAACGAGGAGAUGGCGGACGAGAUGGAGCAGUAGCGGGAUCA